AUUUACAUUAUAUAUUAAAGUUAUAUAAAUGUAUAUCGGUUCUCAGCUAUUGUGGGUUAGUCCAUCCAACAGGAGCUACCGUCGGCCUUUUCUUGUUUUACAACUAUCAAUACUGGGAGCGGGUUACGCUGGAGAAGGUUCUACAAGUUAUGUUUACAGGAAUGAGCUUAAAAAACGCCGUGGAAAGGCGACGGAAAAUACGUCAAGAUCCAACUCCAGCUCCGACUCCGCCUCCAACUCCAGCUCCGACUCCGCCUCCAACUCAUCUCCGACGACAUGUUGCGGAACAAAACCAGGAUGUACAUGUUAUCAUCCGGACAAUCGGUUAGUUGGGUGUAUAGCACCAGCUGCAACUGCAAGAGAAAGUUGUGUAUGCCUUUUUUUGGGGCAACAAUACAAUUGGAGACCACAUGUGUGCCCAACGAUGAGAGAGGGAGCCCGAGAAGGAUUACGCACAUGUUGCUAUCCGGAGUUAUGUUGCACAGAGAAAGAGAAUAGCGGGAACUCAUCAGUAAACGACCGGGAACAAAAUACGGUGAAGAACGGUCCACAGGACACAGAGGAAGAUAUGGAUAGUGAGUCAAUACCGCUACAGCAGGAAAAUGCGAGGAAAAUGAGGAAUCGUAUAAGAAGAAAGUUAUUUGCUGCUAAACUUCCAGGGACAAUCUUGGGUACAGUGCUUGCAGCAGUGUUUUCAAUCGAAGUUUUCAUCAAGAUUUCAACAGCAGUGACGGUAAUCAGUUACAAUUUGUUCUUCUGGAUGGGUGCUAAAUGUUACGACCUUGGUGAAAUGGAAAAUGAUAUAACGGAUGAAAAGGACGAGAAGAAAAUUGAUGGAAAGUGUGGAAAGCAAGAUAAAAAGGAUGAAGAGAAAAUUGAUGGAAAGUGUGGAAAGCAAAUUCCAGAUGCCUUAGUUCCAGAGGUAAAGAAAGCAGUAAAAGUGGUUCUAGAACUAUUACUUUUAUGGGUAACAUUCGCAUCUACAUGCUAUCUGGUUAAUGCAACAGCUGACUCUUUCUUCAUGGAACAAGUUGAUUAUCUAGAGAACAAUACCGAAAGCUUAAAGAUUCCUAAAUCCGUUUUCUUCUCCUUUCCGGAUAUUGUAUCCAACAUAACUGGGGAGGUGAGCUCUCUUCUAGUCGAGCGGUUCCAUGAUGAAGAAGGGCGUUGGGCUAGGCUCCUCAGAAUCAGCAUUGGUAUGCUUUUUUCCUCUUUGUGUUGCAUAGUAGCUUCUCUUGUUGCUCACAGAUUGGAUUCCAAUUAUAAUUCUGCCAGCAUGCUGUGGCUUCUGCCCCAGUUUCUUCUGUUAGGAAUGAUGAGAGGAAUACUGGAAGCAGGGUUAGAAGAAUUUCUCCAUGACCUUCUCCAUGAGCAUAUAGACAAUGACUUAGCGGUGGAAGCAGUGAGCGGAAUGGCGGAACUUGUAGGGAGCUUGAUCAGUACGAUACUCACAGCAGCUUCUCCAAGCAGCUGGGUUCCCAGUGGCAAUGACAUUAGCAAAAGUCAUCUUGACAAUUACUAUCGCAUGCUGGCAAUUAUAACCCUAUUCUCCACAUUUUUGUUCACCAUUGUUGCCAUUGCCUAUGAAUUACGGGCAAAAGAGGAUACGGUUAGGAGUGGGAAGAAGGGCUGAAGCUCUCCUGGCAUGGUUGUAAUUUUUCUGUUUUGGUUAUUUUGUGCUUGACUGUUUCUUUGGAUGGUUUCUUAGAUUCCUUGUGAAUUUGUGUAUUAUGCUACACUUUGUUUAUUUGUGUUGUAUAAUGCUAUAACUGGAUGUAAUAUGUCUACCUUCUCCAAAUUAUCAAAUUCUCCAAGACCUCGCUUUAAAAAGUUUCUGUUAAGAAAGAAAACAAAGUUUU